AUAAAUUCACCAAACCAGAACAAAUUUAGACGUCAACCUUAAGAAACGCAUGUUAUCUUCUUUUUGACACGGAAAUGGAAAACGAGAAGCGCACUGCAGAGAGAAAUGUCGGAGAAGAUGAAGAAGACGAUGAGAAGAAGAUGGAGGAAUUCUUUGCAUUGAUCCGAAAUUUCAAAGAUGUAAGGAACCAAUUGAAAGAUCAAACGGAGAAGGGGAACAAUAAGAGGAAGAGGAAGUCCGAUUCCGAUUCCGACCACCACAGGAAAUCAGUCGCCGCCUGGGUACCAGCAUUUCAAUGGGAAGAUUUUACAACAGAGGUUGAGUUUAGAAGACCUUCUUCCGUUUUGCCGUCUCCAUGUAAUAACAGAAACGAGAUUAUUAAGAAAGACGACGAUGUUACCGGAUCUAGUGGAUUAGACCUCAAAUUGGCUCUUUAAAUCCGACGAAUAUUAUUUUAGUAUAUAUCUAUUUGGCAUAGAUAUAUAUGUAUUUUUUUUUUAUUUUAAUUUUGAUAAAAAAAUGAUGUAAUUUGUUGUCGAAAAACGUGGACCUUAUAUAAAAUGUGUGAUUAAAAUUCAA